AGCAGUUGAGUAGCUGGGGCCCCUGAGGGCUCGAAGCCUUCACAGUAAUGGCGGAGAAGCGGCCACUGGGGACCCUGGGGCCUGUGGUGUAUGGCAAGCUCCCCCGCCUAGAGGCAGACUCCGGCCCCGGGCACAGCCUGCCCCCCUCUGCUGGUAACCAGGACCCCUGCAGCUAUAAGGGUGCCUACUUCUCCUGCCCUAUGGGGGGUGCCCCCAAGGCAGGGUCUGAACGGUUGGCCUCCUGGACGCCGUACCCACCCUUGUACCCUAGCAGCAUGGCAGGACCCCCUCUUCGGACAGACAACCUGUUGACCAGCUGCCUGCUCUACCGCCCACCAGCAGAAAGCUCUGAGAAGGUACAGGACUCUGGCCCCGUUGAGCUCCUGCCCUUCGGUCCCCAGUCUCAUUCCUACCCAGGUCCACCGUUGGCGGCCCCCAAACCUGUCUACCGCAGCCCUCUGUGUUACGGGCUCUCGACUUGCCUGGGUGAAGGGGCAGUGAAGAGGCCACUGGAUGUUGAUUGGACAAUGAUGACUGGGCCCCUGUUACCCCCAGCUGAUCCACAUUGUUCACUGACCCCAGCUCCUGGCAAGAGCCAAUCUCUGGAUGGCACCUUCUUGCGCGGGGUGCCAACUGGGGGAUCUGGCAAAAACUCCGUAGGCUUCUCCCCGUGUCAGACAUUCCUGGACAAGUAUCGGACGAUCCAUGGCCCAGGCUUCCUGGCCUCGAAGUAUGCAGGUCCUUACUCUGGGGACCCCAAGCAGGCAUUGUCUGAGGGACCCCCAAGUCCCUGGACUCAGCUGGCCCAGCCCCUGGGGCCAGCCUGCCAGGAUACGGUACCCACCCACUACCCGCUCCCUCACCCUCCUCAGGCCCUGCCUUGCCCACCAGCCUGUCGCCACCCAGACAAGCAGGGCAGCUACAGUUCAGUGCUCCCACUGCAGCCUCUGGGAGCCCACAAGGGAACUGGGUACCCAGCUGGGGGGCUAAACAGUCCCUACCUGAGGCAGCAGGCAGCCCAGACACCCUAUAUGCCCCCAGUGGGCCUGGACACUUUUUCCUACCCCUCUGCCCCACUCCCAGCAGCCUCUCCAGGCCUCAAGCUGGAGCCACCUCUUGCUCCCCGGUGCCCACUGGACUUUGGCCCGCAGACACUGGGGUUUCCUUAUGCCCGGGAUGACCUCUCUCUCUAUGGGGCAUCCCCGGGACUUGGAGGGACGCCACCUUCCCAAAACAGUGUGCAGGCUGUGCCACAGCCCAGUGCCUUCCAGCGAGGAUGCCAGCCUCUCCCUGCCAGCCAGCCCUGCCCAGAGCCUGUGAGGCCUGCAGAGAAGCCAGUACAGGAUGCAGAGAAGAUGUGGCUCCCCAGCUGCAGGAAAGAGCAGCUCCAGCCCCAGCUCCGUGAGCACCCUGGAGCGCCCAUUGUCAUCGGAGACAGUCCGGGCCCCCGCACCCCGCCGGCACUCCCAGCCUGUGCCCAGGAGCACCAGUCUCUCCCACGGAAAGAGGCUGCGCUGCCACCCAGCUCUCCACCCAUGCCCAUUAUUGACAAUGUCUUCAGCCUGGCCCCCUACCGGGACUAUCUGGAUGUGCAGGCACCUGAGGACACAGCCAAGCCUGACUCAGCUCCUGUCCCCAGGGAGAGCCUUGCCAAAGACCAUGGGGAUGCCCUGCGUGCCCGGGAGGCCCCUCCAAAGGCGCGGUGCUCACUUAGAGAGGAGGUGGCACUGGACUUAAGUGUGAAGAAGCCUGUGGCAGAGGCUCCCAUCAGAGUUCCUAGUCCUGCAGUGCAUGCCAAGCCCACUGUGGCCCUGGACACGCCCCAUGUGGGGAACACGGUCUCGGAUCUGCCUGACUUGGAAAAGGUAGUCACAGAGGCACCUGGUGCACCAGCGACAACAGAGGCCACCCCGAGGACCAACUUUCAUAGCUCCGUGGCUUUCAUGUUCCGAAAAUUCAAGAUCCUCCGGCCGGCACCCUUGCCUGCAGCCGUGGUCCCGUCUGCACCCACCCCGGCCCCCGAGUCUGCGCAGCCUGUUCCCACGCCCACAUCUGUGCCCCUUGGUCUACAGAUUCUCAGUCAGCCCUUGCCUGUGGCCUGCUUCAACCUGGCACUGCCCAGUCCUCCAGCCGUAGCCAUGACCUCCCCAACCCCAGCCCCUGCUCCCGCUCCAUCGCCGGCCCAAGCCCAGGCCCCAACUCCAGCUUCUACCCCCGCCACCACGGUGGACUCCCCAGAGCAACACUUUACAGGACUGCACACGUCCCUGUGCGAUGCCAUCUCGGGCUCGGUGGCCCACUCCCCGCCCGAGAAGCUGCGCGAGUGGCUCGAGACGGCUGGGCCGUGGGGCCAGGCAGCAUGGCAGGACUGCCAGGGCGUGCAGGGGCUGCUGGGCAAGCUGCUGUCGCAGCUGCAGAGCUUUGUGUGCACCCAGCAGUGCCCCUUCCCCCACGUGGUGCGGGCCGGUGCCAUCUUUGUGCCCAUCCACCUAGUGAAGGAGCGACUCUUCCCCCGGCUGCCCCCUGCCUCGGUGGACCACGUGCUGCAGGAGCACCGCGUGGAGCUGCGGCCCACCACGCUGUCUGAGGAGCGGGCGCUGCGCGAACGGGCCCUGCAUGGCUGUACCUCGCGCAUGCUCAAGCUGCUGGCACUGCGCCAGCUGCCCGACAUCUACCCUGACCUGCUGGGCCUGCAGUGGCGGGACUGCGUGCGCCGCCAGCUGGGUGACCUGGACACUGAGGCUGGAUCUGUGCCCUCCUCUGAACCCACCAUGGCCAGAGAUGAGCCGGAGAGCCUCGCCCUGGCCUGGAAGUCACCUGCCCCCAAGGCCAGGAAGCCGGGAAGGAAGCCACCAACCCCUGGCCCGGAGAAAGCAGAGGCAACUGCUGGGGAAGGGUCCCGUGGUGCCUCACCUACCCCUGCCACCGGCGCCAGCCCACCUGGCCCCACACUGAGGGCUCGCUUCCGCAGCCUGCUGGAAACUGCCUGGCUCAAUGGCCUCGCACUGCCCACUUGGGGCCACAAGGCCUCAGGGCCAGAUCGGCCUGGGCCCCACCCACAGGUGUUGGGUGGCCAGAGCCAUAACCUGUAGCACUGGUUGCUUUUGGACAGCUGCUGUGUGGGGGUCACUCUGUACCCUUAUCUUAUAGACCAGCGGCCCAGGGCCAGGAGUGGACACACCCUUGGAGCUUCUCCAGCUCUUGCUGCCCCCGACCCCACAGUGGGCUGGAACCCCCCCCCCCCCGCCCCGCUUUUAACUUGAGGGCCUUCAUUAGAAAGAACUACUUCCUGUUUCUUCCUUAGAGAAAAUGUGUGGGCUUUGGAGCUCAACAGACUUGGGCUUGAAUCCUGGCUCCUGUGUUCCUUGCUGUGUAACCAGGCAAGUCUCUUCCUCCCUUGAGCCCCCAGUUUUCCAUUUGUAAGAUAGGACAACGCAGCCUACCUCACAGGGUUGUUGUGGGGGUGAUGCCUGACACACACCCAUUAAGGUUUGCUCUCUGCUCCCUCCCCCGGACAGGGGCCUAAUUCCCAGCCAGGGCCUGGAAUACGAGACUAAGGCAAGCAGAACAUUCGUCUAGGAAGUGUGUGGGUGUCAUAAGACUUGGUUAUUUUAGGGUGGUACAGUGUAUAGUGUGUAUGACUUAUACUUUCUAGAGUCUUCCCCCAGGAAAGCCUGGGACUAUACCCCCUGGUGUUGGGCCCUGACCCCUAGCGUGGAGCUUCCUGGGGAGCCCCUGCCUCUUUCCUCCUUCACUACAGGGGGUGCAGAGGUAGAGCCUGGGGCUGGCAUCCUUGUCUGGGCCUGCUGCUCCGCCUCUGGGAGGCCCCAGGCCUGUCCUGAUUGAUACCAGUGGCUUCCCUGAGCUGCCUUCUCCACCUGGUGCAUUUUCCCAAGAAAGUUGUGUUUGCUAGAUGUCACACAGCCUCAGGGACUCAGGGACUAGAAAAGACAAGCUGAAUGACAGUUCCGUCCUGGGAGGUCUCUGAAGAUACAGACUGGGGACCAUGGCGCUCCCCCAGCGGGAGUCCUGUCGGUCAUGCCUGCUAUGAGUUCCCUCCUUGCAGAGCGCUACACUGAGCCAGAGGCUGGCAGGCUGGGCCCUUGGCCUGGCUAAGGUUUGUAAUAAGGCUGUGGGCCCUGGAGGCAGGCCAUUAAACAUUAAAAGCAUUUGGGUUGUUUUUGGACCCGGGGCCUGGCUUUGUGUUUGGCGGGCUAGGGGCGGCGGGCGUCCACAGGUUUAAUGGGCCAUCACCAGGUGCCUAGUCCUUAGCAGUUCUCCCUGUUCCCAGCCCAGAAGGUGCCAACCCUCUCUGGCACCUCCGUGCUGGCUUGCUCUGGCCAUGUGGGUCCUUGUCAUACCCACCAGGCAGCCACUUCCCUGCUCCGGGAAAGCCCCUUCCUCCCGAUACCCUGGUGGGUCCUGGUGGUUGCUGGUCUGUAGCAUGCUGUCUGGUGAGAAAUGCUGGUCACCCCCCUGCCCCCAGCACCAAGGACAUGCCUACCAAGGCAUACAUAGAAUAGUGCUAUCACCUCCCCAUCCACAUGCUGGUGACUUCAUCCUUCAUAUGUGAGCGGGUGUGGGGAGACCUGGCACGCCCUUCAGAGACCCUGCCUCUGCUGGGCUCUUCCUGCAGAGGCGUGUUCUCAGGGCUGCUGCGGCGGUUGUCUCCUUCCAUCUAGCCUGGAGGCUGGUCAGACCUGCUGGUGUCAGUCCUAGUGUUUGUGAGUCUUUUCCUGAGCCCAGCUACAGUACCCCUCCCUGGCUCUGCUCCGCCCCAAAGGCUGAGCCCAGGCCUAUUGGGCUAGGCUUCUCUCUGACUUGGGUGGCCUCUCACUAGGCAAGACACUAGGUAUGUCUCUGGCCUCAGUUAAUAAAAGGAAGAUGGUGCUCA